UCUCUCUCUCUCUCUCUCUUCAUCUCUUUCAAUUUCAUGUUAAUGAACUGCGGAUCAAAAGGGUUACGAUCAGACAAUCGAUAAACUAAUCCAAUUCAAUCAGAAUGAAGGAGAUGAUGAAGCAGAAGAUGAUGAAUAGGUUUCACAAGCGCAAUUCCUCCUCAUCUUCCUCUGUUGAUUUCAAACCAGGCGAAAGACUCGAUUUCAAGUUCUCCAGUCUUCAAGCUCUUCAGGUACCCACGGGAUGGGAUAAGCUUUCACUCUCUCUCAUUUCCAUAGAAACAGAUAAAACUGUUAGCAAAACAGGUAAAGCAUCCGUAUGCAAUGGAAACUGUAGAUGGACCGAGACCUUGUCAGAAUCCAUUUGGGUCUCCCAUGAUGACGCUUCAAAAGAGCUUCAGCAAUGCCUGUAUAAGCUUCUUAUUUCAAAGGGAUCAACUAGAUCUAGCAUCCUUGGAGAGGUUACUGUCAAUUUGUCAAGUUACUUGAGUUCUGAAACUUCUCUUCCCGUUGCACUACCACUGAAAAAGUGCGAUCAUGGGACAAUCUUACAGGUCGCUAUUCAGUGCUUAACUCCUCGAGCAAAUUUGAGAUGGAGAGACACCAAUUCUCUUACAGAAGAUGUCAAUUCAGACUAUAGUGAUCUAGAUAACAUGUCAGAUGCACCAGAUGGUAAAAGCACUAGAAGUGUAGGAUCUUCCAAGAGCAAUAGCAAUCUGGACACAUCUCAUGCAAGAGGACUUGGUAGCAGGGAGGCAAGCUUACCGACAGUGAGAUCACAUCAUAGCUUUGAUUCGAUGGAGUAUUCUUUUGGUGGGGAAAGUUCUCGUAGUAACCUCAGUGAAGGUGCAAUUGAUCUGAUUGGAAGACCAGAAUCAACUGGCUCUCAAAAUAGCACAUUGUAUACCUCGGUCAAUGUAUAUGGUUCUCCAAGAUCAAAUCAUUCUCCUUUCAGCCCAGGUUCAGGAAAGAAUAUUUUAAAUAGAAGACAAGACUCUGGGAAAAUUUCACAUAAUGUUCCUGCAUCACCAUUACGAACUUUUGGUUCCUCUGAAUUUGUUAUGGACGCUGAAGCAACCACACCAGAAGAACUUCGUGCAGAAGCAAGAAAGUGGGAAAGAAAUGCUCGGAAGUUGGUGGUUGAUCUUGAUUUAUCAAGGAAGGUGACUAAUGAUCAAACAAAGAACCUGGAGAAUGCAACUAUGGAGCUCUCUACAUUACAAACAGAAUGUAAUGAUCUAAAACAUGAAAUCAAACACCUGAAAGCUCUCCUCAGUGAAUCGGCAAUGAAAGAAAGGGAUGCUGACUAUCUAAAAUCUCAGGUACAAGAUAAAAAUGAUAUCCAGGCAGAAAUGGAAGAAGAAAUAAAAUUUCAGAAAGAUUUGAAUAAUACUUUGGCUCUACAGUUGGAGAAAACUCAAGAAUCACACCUUGCGCUAGUCUCUGUCCUCCAGGAACUGGAAGAGACCAUAGAAAAGCAGAGAUUGGAGAUAAAGAGUCUCGCUGCAUCAGAACGGCCAGCAGGUGAUUUAGGAAUGAAGUUACGUUGUGAGCAUGAAGACAGUGGAGAAGAGUAUACAACGGAACAAAUGUUAGCCAAGAAGAUUAAGGUCAAUUGUGAUUCGGAUUAUGAAAAUGGUCAUGUUGAGGACCCGGAAACUGAUUUACUAACGCAGGUUGAAUUAAAAGAGGGAUGGAAAUUAGAGCUCGAACUACAGAAAUUUCAGGAAUCACAGAAAAAGUUGGAAAGUACAAUCCUCUAUCUGGAGAAGACCCUGGAGGAGAAAAAUCGAGAAAUAGAACUCGGGAGAAACCUGAAGAUGCAAAAUCUAUUGAAUAGUGAAUUAGAAUGGAAAGAGAAGUUAAGCUUGAAAGACAAAGACAUCUUUAAUUUGGAAGCAAAAUUAUCACAAGCUCUUGCCGCACCAAUUCUGAAGGAAACAGAGUCCCAGGCAAUAGAAAAUCCUGAACUUGUUGAAGAAGUUAAAUCUUUAAAGGCCAAGGUUCUGGAGCUUGAAAGAGAUUGUAAUGAACUUACUGAAGAAAAUCUAGAUCUCCUCUAUAAGCUUAAAGAAUUAAGUAAGGAUCUUUCGACCAGUGGCACUUCUAUUAGUUUCUUACUGGGUGAGCGUCCUAGCACCGAGUCGCCCAGUAUUGAAGAUGCCAAGGUCGGGAAACUCGAGUGCCGGACAUGGCAAAUCAAAGAGGAAGCAAAGAAGAUGAAGCCCGAUGAAAUAGCUUCUGGCGAUCUACAAAUUCGUUGUAAAGAUCUAGAAAGCAAGUGUCUAGAACUGGAGGUCCAAAUGCAAGUUUUCAAGAAUAGAGCUUGCUAUCUUGAUAGUGAACUUGUGAAAUACCAAGAAAAAGCAGGAGAGCAGGAAACUGAGAUUGCUGCAUUGAAUCAAUUAUUGAAACAACAACAAGAAGAACAAAAUGCAAAUUCCUUCAAUCAAGAAGAGCAGGCUGCUGUUGUCUUGGACAAUGUCAUCAAGCUCAAUAAAUCACUGGAAAACUUCUGUGUGAUUGAAGAUAACAUUCAAAGUGGUGAAGAGGAAAUCAAACUGACGUCGAAAGAUCCUUCUCAUGUUAAAAUUGAGGUGGACGAUAGUUUGAAAGACAAGGAAAGCACACUUGAGAUCUUGAUUAAGGAAUUACAAUCCAGGGUUAAAGACAUGGAUGAAGAACUAUUGGCCAAAACCUCUGAGACAGAAGGGCUUAAAUCUGACUGUUUGGUUAAGGAAGAGGAGCUUCAGUCUCAAAAAUAUCGCCAGAGAGAUGUGGAGGCUCGGUUGUCUGAUCUGCAAAUAGUAAAUAAUCAAUUGGAAGAAAGUUUCAAACUUAUGCAAAGAGAAGUUGAUGAUACAAAAGAUUCCCAUAUUUCAGGCAACAAGAUUCUUGAAAAGAAGUUACUGGAGCUUGAGUCUCGUAAUCAAGAGUUAGAGCUGCACUUGGCAGAAUUAGAAGAAGAUAAUUUGCACUUAUCAGGGCGCAUAUCUGGACUGGAACCUCAAUUGCGAUAUCUGACUGAUGCAAGAGAGUCAAGUCGUUUAAAAGCAGAACAUUCAGAAUCUCAAGUCGUGGACCUACAGGCUGAAAUCAGAAGACUGGAAAAAGAAGUAGAAACAACCAAGUUUGAUAUGAGACAGAAAGUGCAGGACAUGCAAAAGCGGUGGCUAGAAACUCAAGAAGAGUGCGAGUAUCUUAAAAAAGCAAAUCCCAAAUUAGAAGCUACUACGGAAAAUCUGAUGGAUGAAUGUAGUUCGCUUCAAAAGUCAAAUAGCGAAUUAAGACAGCAAAGAUUAGAGUUGCAUACUCGCUGCACGGUUCUGGAAGCUGAAUUGAGGAAGUCACAAGAUAAUUUCUUGAAGUUGUCAAAGAAUUUGGAAGACUUAGAAGAAAAGUUAUCCUCAAUGCUCCAUGGGAUUGCCUCAAAAGAGAAAAUGCUUGAUGCAGAACUUGAUGGUUUACAUCUGCUAUUCAAAGAACACACAGAGAAGCAUGUUACUGCUGAGAGCUUGUUGAAUCAAAUGUACUCGGAGAAAGUGGCUGAAGUUGAAAAUCUUCAAGGAAAGUUAGAACACCUGAGUACACAGAUAUCAGCAACCCAUGAUGAAAGAGAUGGAAUGGCCAAAGAAGCAAUACUCGAAAUGCACGUAUUACGGGCAGAUAAGGAUAAACUGGACAACGCAAUUGCAGACGUUGAGGGAAAACUUAGAUCAUCUGAGAAGAAGCUUGAUACUAUCCAGGUUGAAUAUGAAAAAAGGAUUCUAGCUCUGACAGAUGAGCUUGCCACUUCCAAACAGAACCAUGGAGUUCUAGUGGCCAACCAUGAGAAAUUAAUGGAGUUGUUGGAGAAUACCCGAUCCGGUGAAGAAAAACUGAAAAACACAGUUAGUGAGCUUGCUGCUAACCUUAAAUCUUGUGAAUACGAAAGAGCACAAUUUACAGAAGAAAAUUCUAGUCUUAAGGUCCAACUGCAGAAAAUUCCAGUGUUGCAGGAUGAAAUUUUGGCCCUUAAGAACUCGUUGAAUGAUGUGAAAUAUGAGAAUGAAAGAUUGGAAGCUUCAUUACAGAUGAUAUCUGGGGAUUAUCAACAGUUGAAGGAAGAGAAAGCUUCAUUACUUCAGAAAGCCUCUAGCAUGCAGAAGGCAGUGAUUGAAUUGGAGGACCAUAAACAGAAUAAGAUUGCCUUAGAAGAAAAGCUUUUGCGCCUUCAAGGGGAUCUAACUGCUAGAGAAGCAUUAGGUGCACAGGAUGCUGAAUUGAAAACUGAGCUUGGGCGUCUGAAACGGUCAAACAGUCAACUACAGUGGAAGAUAAAUCGUCUUCAAGAGGAAAAAGACGAAUACAUAAAGACAAAACAAGCCCUCGAAGAGCAGAAGGAAGGUUUGAAACCAGAGGAAAAUGAGUUCGCUACUAAAAAUAUGGCUCCUUUUGAAUCAGAUAGUACUAGUAGUCUGCAUGAGGACAUAAAGCUUGCAGAGGAUGUGGAAGCUGGUACAGUUGAUGAACCAUCGAGAAUAAAAUCACUAGAGAUUGCACUUGCCGAGGCUUUGGAGGCUAACGAAAUGUACAAAGUACAGCUUAAGAGCUUCUUGUCUGAGGGAAAAGCUCGUGAGUCAGAUAUGCCCGUCGAGUUAGAAAUUGAACAUAAAACAAUUAAGCACGAGGAUUCAUCACUUGAGGCGGAGCUGAAUGAACUUCAAGAACGGUACCUGAACAUGAGCCUCAAAUAUGCGGAAGUAGAAGCUCAACGGGAAGAGCUUGUUUUGAAGCUAAAGGCAGUUGGUCCUGGAAGGAGCUGGUUUUCAUAAAUCCAUUAAGUAAGGUAAGAUAUCAUAUUCUUACUUAUUAAUAUUCAUGAUUUAUGAACUCAUAAAAUCUAUGAGGAAAGAAAUGGUGAUGAGGAGUAAAUAGAAAAUGAAAGAGUAGAUUUUGAUGAAACUUGUUUUCUUUUAUAUGUUAGUUAGAUUUAUUGUUACAGACCAAUGAUUUAUGUAAAAUGUACUACUUGAAACUGCAGGUUGUUUUAAUUCAGAAAAAGGGUUAUGGUAGACCUUUGACUUGACCA